GGGGCGGGCUUUUGAUGAAGGGACAGGAGUGGGAAAGAUGGCGGCGGUUCUGGGACCCUCUGGGUGGUGGCAGCGGUGGCGGCGACGUUUGUCGGCUCGGGAUUGGUCCAGGAUGUUGCUCCUUCUUCUUUUGUUGGGGUCUGGGCAGGGGCCACAGCAAGUCGGGGCGGGUCAAACGUUCGAGUACUUGAAAAGGGAGCACUCGCUGUCGAAGCCCUACCAGGGUGUGGGCACAGGCGGUUCCUCACUGUGGAAUUUGAUGGGCAAUGCUAUGGUGAUGACCCAGUAUAUCCGCCUUACCCCGGAUAUGCAAAGUAAACAGGGUGCCUUGUGGAAUCGGGUGCUACAUUGUCUUCCUUGAGGUAUGGCGGCAAGAAGUGAAUGCAGUAUUCCUGGUGUGGCUGCACUGUGAUUUUGUACAAGUCCAUGUUUCCUUAGAGACUGGGAGUUGCAGGUGCACUUCAAAAUCCAUGGACAAGGGAAGAAGAAUCUGCAUGGGGAUGGCUUGGCAAUCUGGUACACAAAGGAUCGGAUGCAGCCAGGGCCUGUCUUUGGAAACAUGGACAAAUUUGUGGGGCUGGGAGUGUUUAUAGACACCUACCCCAAUGAGGAGAAGCAGCAAGAGGACCAAGUUUUGAAGAGUUGUGUUCCUAUUGAAGAGUCUGGACUUGAUUCUAAGGUGACAGUGAAAGAGGGAGAGAGGAAGAAGAAAGCAAGAGCCCGUGCUCCAGAAGACACUUGGCUCUGGGCCCAGAAGAGGCGAUAUUCUCCAGGAGUUCAGCGAGUAUUCCCCUACGUCUCAGCCAUGGUGAACAACGGCUCCCUCAGCUAUGAUCACGAGCGGGAUGGACGGCCUACAGAGUUGGGGGGCUGUACAGCCAUUGUCCGCAAUCUCCAUUACGACACCUUCCUUGUGAUUCGCUAUGUCAAGAGGCAUUUAACGAUUAUGAUGGACAUUGAUGGCAAGCAUGAGUGGAGGGACUGCAUUGAGGUGCCUGGGGUCCGUCUGCCCCGUGGCUACUACUUCGGCACCUCCUCCAUCACUGGGGAUCUCUCGGAUAAUCAUGAUGUCAUUUCCCUAAAGUUGUUUGAGCUGACAGUAGAAAGAACCCCAGAAGAGGAGAAGCUGCAUCGAGAUGUGUUCUUACCCUCGGUGGACAACAUGAAGUUGCCUGAGAUGACAGCUCCACUGCCGCCCCUGAGUGGCCUGGCCCUCUUUCUCAUCGUCUUUUUCUCUCUGGUGUUUUCUGUAUUCGCCAUUGUCAUUGGUAUCAUACUUUACAACAAAUGGCAGGAACAGAGCCGAAAGCGCUUCUACUGAGCUCUCAUGCUGCCACCACCUGCGAGACUGUCACCCAUGAGAUGUGGAAGAAACAGGUGCUGGCCUGAGCACACAGCCUGAUGGGUCUUCUCUAGUCUCCAGUAGCUGGUCAUAGACUGUCACUGGAGCUUUGAAUGCAGGGUCCCUGAAGUCACGUGCUCAUCCAUGGGGACAUCUAACUCUGGUCUGGGAAGCUACCUACCCCAGGGCUAUGCUACUGUGUCGUGCCUUUCCCUGCUGUCUUUCCACGUGGGAGCAAAAAAGCAUGGAGAGAAUUUAUACACUUGUGAUACCAAAAUCACAGAGCAGAAUAUCAUGGCCCAGGCUGCCUUGUUCUUGGACUCAGAGGACCCUUCUGCUUCAUUUUUAAAUCCACAAAGAAUAGAAAACAGAUAAUGCCUCAUACCUUGCAGCCAUCCAUUCACUGGUUUUUGCUUUUUACCCUGAGGGGCUUUCUUUGGAAAUCAGGAUGAAAACUUCUUCCCUGUCUCACUUUAUUCUCUCCAUUCAUUGUCUUGUGUGCAACCUGAGCUGGAGAAGACAUUUGGAUGCCUUUCUGUUGGGGCCUGGGAUUGCACAACAAAUAGUUUCACUGGCCUUCAUUUGGUGGCCCUAGGGAGAGGGCUUUCUACUUUGGCUCACUACUCCAGCUUUCAUUCUCUAGGCUGGGUCUUAGGUCUGUUAGUGUGUCUGUGGCCUGCCUAAUCAAAUCGUUUCAGGCCUUCCAUCAAGUUUGGCUGAAAGUUUGUGUGCAAGUCUAGAGAAGCUUGGAAGACAUCAUGGAUGCUAUGGGAUUAACUGUGAAACUGGCCAGUUCCAGGUUAGAUACUGAAAGCAACAUUUAUCAUGUGGUCUGACCAGAUGGAAAUGUUUCUGGACUCAAUACAGCCUGCUUAGCUGCAUGUUUUAUGAUUUUUGGAAUCCCAUUUUGAAUGUUGAAAGUAUAAGGAAGCUUUCUUCUUAUAUCUUGAGCUUGAAUACUGCCCAAAGAGGACAUUUGGCAUCUUUUUCUUAAUGAGUAAGAAAUAGUUGCUGUUUUCAUGUUCCAAGUCUGGGAGCAUUAGACUCUUAUCAUCUGUGCCUAGAAGAGUUUGUUGUCUUUGAACAGCCUGAAUGCUGUCUUCUAUGUGUCAACCCUUAUUCCACUGCCUUAUCUGACAAGGGGUUAUAUGCUGCUCACCUGUCUGCCCUGUGAUUAAAUUGGUUACAGGCCAGAGUCUCCAGGAGGGCCUAGAACUCUGUGCUCUCCUAUGGACCUCUGUGGCCUAAAGGAAAUUCUUAAAAUGGCUGAUGGAACCAAACAUGA